UAAUGAAAUUCGUACCUAAAAAAAGUGAUAGAACAUUUAUUUGAGUAUAGGUAUCUAAUCAUUUUUAGAGUAAAUCAGAAUAUUUUUUAGAGUCAGGGAAAAAGUGAAAAUUUAUUUUGUCUACCUAGAUAUCAGGGAAAAAUGAGGGAAAAAUAAAAUAAAAUUUUUGUGACAACUCUGUUAUUGUUGUCAAAACAAAAAAAUAAAUAAAUAAUGUUUGUUGAUUUAAAAAUAUAUUAAUACUUUUUUUGCCUUUUAAAAAAUGUUCCCGUUUGUUAAAACAAGUUUUAUAUAACAAUAUUAAAUUUUUCUAAUAAUAAAAAAAAUGUAAUUUGCGUUUGCAAAUGGGAAAAAGUGGUUCAAAGAGGCUAAUAGAACAAAGUUAUAACGCGCUGGUGUUGUAUGGUCGUCAUGACAACGUCAAUUUGUUUAUUAUAUGACACACGUAUAAAAACUUUCUGCGCUUUUUGUCGUAAUACGAAUUCACAUCUGAGAUUUUUUUACUCUCGUUUCAAAUAUGGAGGGUUUAUUUACUUUUGAAAAUAUAAAAGGACUACAGAAUUUAUUAUCACAAACGUCCAAAAAUUCGGACGAUGAUGUAACACAAUCUGUACCGACAACUUCAGGAAGUAGUGAUACAAAGUCGUGUAAAAAAGAAGAUGGAUACGAGGUUUCAUGUGGUUCUUCUGUGCAAAGAGAGUGUGCGGAUAUUUGGCAUGCAGCGGAAACGAAAAAAUUUCAAUAUUUUCAACAGCAGCGUGACCCAAGAGUUAGACCAGAAUAUCAAAUUAAAUACAAGCAAUCUCUCGGUACUCAAGAUGUAUUUCUAGGUAUGGGAUUUAAAACUCCAGGUACUGCAUCUUGUGAGUGGUUAUCACUCACGAUAAAACUUCCAAAAGAAAAUCGAGACAAAGUUCAAUUGACUGUAAAAUCCGAUUUGGUGGAUUUACGUAGUCCAAAAUAUCGUUUGGUUUUGCCAACGCCACACAAGGUUGAUCCUAAUGUUUCAUCAGCAAGAUGGUUUCGAGAAACGUACACAUUAGAAAUUUCAUUAAAAUUAGUUCGAGAAUUGGAUGCAAUUAAUUUUUAAAAAGUGGAUUAUUUAAUUUUUAUAAAUAAAAUACAAUUGUUUGUAAUUCGUCAUAAGUUUUGAGGGGAAGGAGAAAAAAACCAGAAAACAUUUUUAUUCCAUUUUUUGUGAGUUUAUAAAAUUU